AUGAGCCAGCAUAUUAGGAAAUUAGAUUCUGAUGUUUCUGAAAGACUUAAAUCUCAGGCAUGCACGGUAUCGCUAGCAUCAGCGGUUAGAGAAAUAGUUCAAAAUUCUGUAGAUGCACACGCUACCACUAUCGACGUCAUGAUCGACCUCCCUAAUUUGAGCUUUGCAGUUUACGAUGAUGGUAUUGGUUUGACUCGAAGUGACCUAAAUAUAUUGGCCACACAAAAUUAUACUUCCAAAAUACGAAAGAUGAAUGAUUUAGUAACGAUGAAAACCUACGGUUACAGAGGAGACGCCCUAUAUAGCAUUUCUAAUGUCUCUAAUCUGUUUGUUUGUUCCAAGAAAAAGGAUUACAACUCUGCAUGGAUGAGAAAAUUUCCAUCCAAAAGCGUCAUGUUGAGUGAGAAUACCAUACUCCCAAUAGAUCCUUUUUGGAAAAUUUGUCCUUGGAGCCGAACAAAGUCUGGUACUGUUGUUAUUGUUGAAGAUAUGCUGUAUAAUUUACCUGUCCGGCGCAGAAUACUAAAGGAAGAACCCCCUUUCAAGACUUUUAACACAAUAAAGGCAGAUAUGCUACAGAUACUGGUAAUGCACCCGAUGAUUUCACUCAACGUACAAUAUACAGACAAACUCAGAAUCAAUACAGAAGUUCUUUUCCGCUCAAAGAACAUAACUGAGGGGUUAACAAAGCACCAGCAAAUGUCUCAAGUACUGAGAAAUGUGUUUGGGGCAAUAAUACCACCGGAUAUGCUUAAGAAAGUUUCCUUGAAGUUUAAUGAAUAUCAGAUUGAAGGGAUCAUAUCGAAGAUGCCCGUUGGAUUGAAGGAUCUUCAAUUUAUAUAUAUCAAUGGCAGACGUUAUGCGGACAGCGCCUUUCAAGGAUACGUCGAUUCUUUAUUCCAAGCACAAGAUUUCGGGGAGAAAGGCAUGAGUUUACUCAAAACUAAAAGCGUGGGAAAACCGUAUCGAUCACAUCCCGUCUUCAUCCUUGAUGUUCGGUGCCCCCAAACUAUCGAUGACCUGUUACAAGAUCCAGCAAAGAAAAUUGUUAAGCCUUCCCAUAUACGUACCAUUGAACCAUUGAUCGUUAAGACCAUUCGCUCCUUUCUGACAUUUCAAGGAUACUUAACGCCUGAUAAAUCAGAUUCAUCUUUCGAAAUAGUCAAUUGUUCACAGAAGACGGCAACAUUGCCUGAUAGUCGAAUCCAAAUCAGUAAACGUAAUCAAGUAUUAAAUUCAAAAAUGAAGAUUGCACGCAUUAAUUCAUACAUAGGAAAACCCGCUGUCAAUGGAUGUAGAAUAAACAAUAGUACAAUAAACUACGAAAAAAUCAAGAAUAUAAGAAUCGACGGUCAGAAAUCAAGGUUACGGAAUAAACUCUCUUCCAGGCCCUACGAUAGUGGUUUUACAGAAGAUUAUGACAGUAUAGGAAAAACCAUAACAGAUUUUUCAAUAUCAAGAUCUGUCCUGGCAAAAUAUGAAGUGAUUAAUCAAGUAGAUAAAAAAUUUAUUCUCAUACGUUGUUUAGACCAAUCUAUUCAUAAUUGCCCACUAUUAGUUCUAGUUGAUCAACAUGCUUGCGAUGAGAGGAUAAGACUAGAAGAGCUAUUUUAUAGCCUGUUGACAGAAGUUGUAACCGGAACUUUUGUUGCACGAGACCUCAAGGAUUGUUGCAUUGAAGUUGAUCGUACUGAGGCUGACUUAUUUAAGCAUUAUCAAAGUGAAUUUAAAAAGUGGGGAAUUGGCUAUGAAACAAUUGAGGGAACAAUGGAAACCUCACUUUUGGAAAUUAAAACACUGCCUGAGAUGUUAACUUCCAAAUAUAACGGGGAUAAAGACUACUUAAAAAUGGUCUUGCUGCAACAUGCUCAUGACCUGAAGGAUUUCAAAAAACUUCCAAUGGAUUUAUCCCAUUUCGAAAACUACACUUCGGUUGAUAAAUUAUAUUGGUGGAAGUACUCAAGCUGCGUUCCAACGGUCUUUCAUGAAAUUCUUAACAGCAAGGCAUGCAGAUCUGCUGUUAUGUUUGGAGAUGAAUUAACCCGGCAAGAGUGCAUAAUUUUAAUUAGCAAGCUCUCGCGAUGCCAUAACCCAUUCGAAUGCGCCCACGGGAGACCUUCUAUGGUACCCAUUGCAGAAUUGAAGUAA